UGAAAAUAAUUUGGAUAGGGUUGCCAUUUUCACCCAACAUAAAAAACCCAGAGUCAUUAGGAAAGGAAUAACACACGAAGAGUGUAUUUGUGAGUGCUAAACAAUAGAGGGAAAUUACUAGAGUAAAAUGGCAGAUCCAGCAGUGAUAGGAAGCGGAUCUUUAAACUCCGGAAACCGCUCGGGGGGCAGUAAGGCAAGCACGAGUCCUUUGGAGAACUAUCAGCUGGCUCGGCGGCGCACGCUGCAGGUGGUGGUUAGCUCGCUACUGACAGAAUGCGGCUUUGAGAGCGCUGAGAAAGCCGCGGUGGAAACGCUCACCGAGAUGAUGCAGAGCUAUAUAACUGAGGUUGGACGUUGUGCAAAAGCAAACUGUGAGCACACAGCAAGAAGCACCCCUACCCUCUCUGACGUUGUAAUCACGCUUGUUGAAAUGGGUUUUAAUGUGGAUACUCUUCCGGUGUAUGCCAAAAGAUCACAGAGAAUGGUCAUAACUGCACCUCCAGUAACAAAUGUUCCUGUUGUUCCAAAAUCCCUCACGGCCGGACAGAAACGUACUCAUCCAGCACACAUUCCCAGCCACUUCCCUGAGUUCCCAGAUCCUCACACUUACAUCAAAACACCAACCUUUCGGGAGCCGGUGACAGAUUACCAGGUAGUGAGAGAGAAGGCAGCCUCACAGAGAAGAGAUGUGGAACGUGCUCUCACACGCUUCAUGGCCAAAACUGGAGAAACGCAGAGCCUUUUUAAGGAUGACAUCACUGCGUUCCCUUUGAUCGCUGCACAGCCAAGCUCUAUACCUUACCUGAGUGCCCUGCUGCCCUCUGAACUAGAGCUACAGUCACUGGAGGAGACUGAUUCAUCUGAGCAAGAUGACCAGACCGACACUGAGAACAACGGCAGCAACAUGAUUCAGGAAGACUCUGGUGCAGAUAAGGAGAAUGCAGUGCUGCCACCUGGUGGUAUUGUGCCUUCAGGGAAGGCCAAUGAGGAAAAUAUGAUUGACAACCCAUAUCUACGACCAGUCAAAAAGCCCAAAGUGAGAAGGAAAAAAUGAGAAUAGAUCUGUUGAAUCAUAUGCUUGUAAAUCAGCCAGUUAUUAUGAAUUAAAAGACUUAUUAGCACUUGCUAAUCACAUUUUGCCAUUGGAAGUUUUGAGGAACAUCUGAGGAUCCAGAAACAACUGCAGUAUGGAAAGUGUCUCCAAAAAGUGAUCCAGCAUUUGGUCCACAAGUUACUGGUAUUUGAUUCUUAAUGGAAGACAGUACUGAUCUGUGAAUGUCAAACAUUUUGGAAGGAAUGUAUUGGGCUAGUUUCAUAAAUAGUAAUACUGCUAGUUUUGGUAUAUUCCACAUCUUGAAAAUGAUUGUAGUUUUUUUUUUUUUCAGUUUCCAAAACAUCAGGCAUGUGGCAUUCUCUUCUAUUUUGGUUACUCAUUUAUGAAUGAUGGUAAUAAAUGUAUUUUGUAUUGCUUGGUUUUAAGGCAUUGUUACAAAAGGACAAAUUAAUCCAGCACAUGGGAAUAACAUGUGAACACAUAAGUAAUGUGUGCCAAGAGGUCCUGUUACUGGACUCCUAUGUUAUAUUACUCAUGAAAUGAGUGUAACUUAACCUCAAAAAUAGGGUUUUAAAUUGGUUAUACUUUACAUUAUGAAAUGAAACAAGGAAACAAGUGUGUAAAAUGUAUGUUUAAAGCCACAUAUUGCUUAUUUUGACAUCCUUAUAUGGUUUUAUAGCAAAGCACAGCACAUGCAUGUACGGUUGGGAGGGUUACUUUUCAAAUGUAUUCCAUUACAAAUGACAGAAUACAUGCCUUACAAUGUAAUUUGUAAUGUAUUCCGUUAGAUUACACAGAAGGUCAGUAACGUAUUCUAAAUACUUUGGUUUAAUUCUUCAGCACUGGUUGAUUUUUUUUUCACUUGUUUUGACUAUAAAAUCUCUGCCAGUAUAGAAGAACAAAAUACACAUGUUAAAAAUACAUUCUCUGAAAAACCUAUGCUAGAAAUAGCAUUUAAUGGCUAGAAAUAGCAUUUUAACUUGGCAUAAAGCUGACCAUUUACACAAGGUUUAUUUAUAUUUUUUCUGCUCCAAACUUCUCUUAAAUGAAACAAAUGACAAUGCAAAGUAAUCUCUUAUACUUUGUAGCUAUUCUAAAUACCAAUUAUUUAAAUUGUAACUGUAGUGGAAUACAAUUACUUAUAUUUUGUAUUUUAAAUAUGACAUGUAUUUCAUUACUCCCCAACCCUGCAUGUAUGAUACUUUAUUAUUUUCAUCAGUUGAACAAGUGCCCUAUUCCUCUGUUUCUUCAACUCUUUGUCACAGAAAGCUGCAUGGAUAAAAAACAUACAUAGUUCAAAUUUAACCAAAAGGAACCUAUAUUCCUAUAUACACUUACUUUAUUAGGAACACUAUACUAAUACUAGGUAGGACUUCCCUUUGCUCUCAAACAGCCUCAAUUCUUCAUGGCAUGGAUUUCACAAGAUGUUGGAAACCUUCCAUUAAUAUUCUGGUCCAUGUUGUCAUGAUUGCACCAUGCAAUUUCAUCAGAUUUGUCAGAUGCACAUUUAUGCUGCAAAUCUCCCUUUCUACCACAUCCCAAAGGUGAUCUAUUGGAUUUAGAUCCAUUGACUGGGAAGGCCAAUGAAGAACAGUGAACUCCUUGUCAUGUUCAUGAAAUCAGUUUGAGACGACUUGCUUCAUGACAUGGAAGAUGAUUAAAUUGUGGCCAUGAAGGGAUGCACAUGGUCAGCAACAAUACUCAAAUAGGCUGUGGCAUUCAAGCGAUGAUUGAUUAGUAUUAACGGGCCCAAAGUGUGUCAAGAAAACCUUCCCCACACCAUUAAACCACUGCCACCAGCCUGGACUGUUGACACAAGGCAGGUUUGGUCCAUGGAUUCUUGCUGUUGGUGCCAAAUUCUGACCCUACAAUCCAUUUGCCUCAGCAGAAAUUGAGAUUCAUCUACGUUUUUCCAGAUUUCAUCUGUCCAGUUUUGGUGAGCCUGUGCCCACUGCAGCCUCAGUUUCUGUUCUUGGCCGGCAGAAGUGGAACCCUACAUGGUCUUCUGCUUUUGUAGCCCAUCCAUCUCAAUGUUCAACAUGAUGUACAUUCUGAGAUGCUAUUCUGCUCCAUUCGAUCUCUGCUGAAGUUAUUACUCCACCCCCUGAGUAACUUCAUCAAUGAAAGCUCCAUAUUGUUGAACCAACGUGGUUGUACUAUAAGAUGGCACAGGUUUGUGUGGCAGGCCAUCUGGUGCUCCCCAUAUGUGUGUUUGUUUGGAUGUUUCUAUGUGUCUCUAAUUACUGGUCGCUUCUGGUAUAUGAUCGCAAGAUGCUCCUGGAUAUUCAAACCACUUUAUUGGAAAAUUAUCAGGCAGAUUUGGAAAACUUUAUUAAUAAACCAAGGACAAAUUUUGAAUCUGGCUUUCUUAACGACAUAUGGCAGUGGCCUCUCAAUGUGUCCCGCAGAAAGCGCAGGAGAAGACGUGGAAAAUGAGGGAAGGAUCACCACCAGACGGAAGGCACAUUUGCAGGCUAGUUGCUUAUCUAGCCCUGCUUCCAAUGAAUGGAAGAUGGACCAAGAUGGACACUUUUACAUGGCGCCUGCUGGAUUUACUCUUCUGUUGGCUUUGAUCUAUUCUCCCCGAGAUCCUUCUCCCCGGAUCGGUCUCCACUUCUGUCAGUGUGGAGUAACUCCUGCAAACCUCCAUUCCAUGGAUAAAGGCCCAGACUCCUCCAGCAUAAUUUCUCCUCUGAAAAUGGCUUUGAUCAAUACAUGAUCCUUGGUCAAAAAGACCUUUUUACUUAAUGACUUCUCCACUCACAAGUUGGACUUCAUGUUCAUUACUGAAAGGGGGGGAUUUAAGUCCUUUUGUUGAUCUGGUUCCUGUAGACUGUACAUGUUUUAAUGACCCCCAACUUACUGGAUGUGGGGGUGGGUUAACGGUCAUUUGAUAAAACUAUUUUAAGACAUUCUGCCAGGCUGUAUCUUGUACUGUGUAUUCUAGCUUCGAAGCUCAGCUAUUACGGCUGGAGUGAAAUGGACCGGAGAUGCUAGCAGUGGUUUAUCAACCUCCACACUCAGUGAAAGGUUUUAUACAUGAGUUCACAGAAUUAGUAGGAAAUAUUACUACAAAAUGUGACCGCUUUUUAUUGGUUGGUGACAUUAACAUCAAUGUAUAUUGUCAGUUAAAACCAUUAGUGAAGGAGUUCCUCAGCCUUAUUGAUUCUUUUAAUCUAGUCCUGUGGACAAAGGACCCCACACACAUUCAUGGACAUACUCUAGACCUGGUUCUUUCAUAUGGUUUGUCCAUUGCUGAUAUAGAAGUCUCGGAUACAUUGUUAUCCAAUCACCUGCCAAUAUUAUUUGAUAUGUUUCUCCCUAUGCUCACUCAAAGAGCAACUCAAGAUGAAGAACUGGUCUAUUAUUACUCCCCUAAUUUCUGUGAGGUUUAAUAUGAUAAGUACAUUACGGUCCCUCGAAUCUCUAUUACCCGAUCUGGAUGCUGACCACCACCUCAGGUUGCUAAACUCUGCAUGGUUGGAUGUUUGUUGACAAAGAUGCCUGAGUUUUGCUGUAAACCAUGGUUUGUCAUUGUUGAGCUUGUAGUUCCAGCUCUGCAUCUUUGGUCCAUUUCGUUGCAGUCUUUACUACAGGUUUACUUUACUACAGAUUUUAGUUUCUGCCUGUAAGUCAGAAGAAUAUGAACCAGACAGCAAUCAGAGAGACCCAAAGCUGUGUGAGGGACAGAGCGAUAUGCAUCCUUUAUUGCGGUUUAGCUGUCAUCCAGUAUAUUUCUAUCAAGUAUACUUCUGUCUCUGUCUCUAUAUUUCUGGGGCAUGUAAUGUGCUGUAUUUUGGCAGUUCACGGGUGAGGUUGGCUUUGUUAAAAUCACUGAGAAUAAAAAAAAGUGAG